GAAGCCGAAGAAAUACUGCAGUACGGUCGGCGCCCGGCCGCCGCCAGGGCCCAACUCUCGCGAGAACUCUCAGGGCCACCCUCGCACCUUCUCGGGCUGCACGGGUGAUUGGGAGGAAGUUCCGGAGAGCCGCUGCGCACAAACGCGACACGCCAACCUUGCGCCAGCGCGCCGCAAGUGCGCAGGCGCCGCCGCUAGCCUGCUCUUCCUCGUCCCUCUGCCUACAUCAGGCUGUCGGGUCCUAUGUCGCGCCGGGCCCUCCGGAGGCUGAGGGGGGAACAGCGCGGCCAGGAACCCCUAGGGCCCGACGCCUUGCAGUUUGUCCUCCCAGAUGACGAUGACGCGGAGGAAGAGGGACCAAAACAAGGAUCGGGUGGCCGGCGCCCCGGGGGCGCCGGGAAGGAAGGAGUCCGUGUCAACAACCGGUUCGAGCUGAUAAACAUCGAAGAUCUUGAGGAUGACCUUGUGGUAAAUGGGGAGAGGUCUGACUGUGGCCUGCCAGAGUCUGUGUCAUCAGGGAACAAAGGAAGGGCUCAGCGUGGAAACCCAGAGGCGAAGCAAGAUGAGGACGAGGCCAAGGCAGGGUUCCCAGAACAGUCUAAUGCAAGUGGCAAACUCCGAAAGAAGAAAAAGAAGCAGAAAAAUAAGAAAAGCUGCACAGGAGAAUCCUCGGAAAAUGGGCUAGAAGAUAUUGAUCGUAUCUUAGAGAGGAUCGAAGACAGCAGCGGGUUCAGCCACCCAGGCCCCCCUCCACUAAACUCCAGGAAGCACGUCCUGUAUGUGGAGCACAGGCACUUGAAUCCAGAUACAGAACUGAAAAGGUAUUUUGGUGCUCGAGCGGUCCUGGGAGAACAACGGCCUCGACAAAGACAGCGUGUAUAUCCUAAGUGCACAUGGCUGACAACCCCUAAAAGCACUUGGCCCCGAUACAGCAAACCCGGUCUAUCAAUGCGGCUGCUGGAAUCCAAGAAAGGCCUUUCUUUCUUUGCAUUUGAGCAUAACGAGGAGUACCAACAAGCACAGCACAAGUUCCUGGUGGCUGUGGAAUCCAUGGAGCCAAACAACAUUGUGGUUCUGCUCCAGACAAGUCCCUAUCAUGUCGACUCACUCCUGCAGCUCAGUGACGCCUGCCGCUUUCAGGAGGAUCAGGAAAUGGCUCGAGACCUUAUAGAGAGAGCACUGUACAGCAUGGAGUGUGCAUUCCACCCCUUGUUCAGUCUCACCAGUGGGACUUGCAGGCUGGAUUACCGCAGACCUGAGAACAGGAGCUUCUAUCUGGCCCUCUACAAGCAGAUGAGUUUCUUGGAGAAGCGAGGAUGCCCACGUACUGCGCUGGAGUACUGCAAGCUCAUCCUGAGCCUUGAGCCAGAUGAGGACCCCCUGUGCAUGCUGCUGCUUAUUGACCACCUGGCCUUACGGGCCCGGAACUAUGAGUACCUGAUCCACCUCUUCCAGGAGUGGGAGGCUCAUCGGAACCUGUCCCAGCUCCCAAACUUUGCCUUCUCAGUUCCACUGGCAUAUUUCCUUCUGAGUCAGCAAACAGACCUACCUGAGCAUGAGCCCACCUCUGCCAGGCAACAGGCUUCCCUCCUGAUACAGCAGGCGCUUACCAUGUUCCCUGGAGUUCUUAUGCCAUUGCUGGAGUGUUGCAGUGUGCGACCUGAUGCAACAGUCGCAAACCACCGCUUCUUUGGGCCAGAUGCUGAGAUAAGCCAGCCGCCCGCCCUGAGUCAGCUGGUGAGUCUGUACCUUGGGAGGUCACACUUUCUUUGGAAAGAUCCCACCACUAUGAGCUGGCUGGAGGAAAAUGUCCGUGCGGUUCUGCAGGCAGUGGAUGCUGGGGACCCUGCUGUGGAGGCCUGUGAGAAUAGGCGGAAGGUGCUGUACCAGCGUGCACCCAGAAACAUCCACCGCCAUGUGAUACUCUCUGAGAUCAAGGAGGCUGUUGCUGCCCUACCCUCGGACGUGACCACACAGUCUGUGAUGGGAUUUGAUCCUCUGCCGCCCCUGGACACCAUCUACUCGUACGUCAGACCAGAGAGGCUGAGUCCAGUCAGCCAUGGAAACACAAUUGCCCUCUUCUUCCGGUCAUUAUUGCCAAAUUACACCACAGAGGAGAGGCUGGAGGAAGGAGUGGCCGGGGGUCCGAACCGCAAUCAAGGCUUGAUCAGGCUGAUGUUGGCCUUACGUGACAUGAUGGCCAACUUCCACUUCAACGACCUGGAGGUGCCUCGGGAGGACAAUCCUGAGGGCGAGGGGGACUGGGACUGACUGUCCAGAUGCUGUGCCCCAGAGCUGUGCAAUUAUGUUCCUGAUUCUUUUCUGGUUGGAUUAACCAGUUCCCUGAAGUAGAAAUGCUGACCAUGUCAUCUGCCCGUGUCUUUUGUUUUCCCUCUAAAUCAGCUGUAAGUCCAUCCAGAUGAGGACAUGGCAUCUGGAGCUGCAGCAGCUAUUCUACAACCACGAGGCAAUGAACUCCACAGUGAAGAGCCAGUGUUCUAGGAUCAGUGAAGCAGAGGAUGCCCUAGGCCUUCAGGAGCUUCCCACCUCCAGGCCUGGAUCCUCAUUAAAUGAUCGGCUUCAGAAUGUUGCUCAGACUUAAUUUCCAACUGAAUCCAUUUUUAAUGGUGAUAAAUAAAAACCAGUCAUUUACGU